CCCAUUUCUCCACUCAACAUCUUCCUUCCUUUUACCCAUGGCUCCUUCUUCUUGUUUCUUCACUCUCCUCGCAUUCCUCUUUUCUGCUCUCCUCUUCUUCCUCUCCCGGAAAUCCAAGUCCAAAUCCAAAACCCUAAAGCUCCCUCCUGGUCCUCCCGGUUGGCCUGUCGUUGGCAAUCUCUUCCAAUUCGCUUCCUCAGGUAAACCCUUCUUCCAAUACGUUGAUGAUCUCCGAAGAAAAUAUGGUCCCAUUUUCACUCUCAAAAUGGGGACCCGAACCAUGAUUAUACUCAGCGACGCCAAACUCUGCCAUGAGGCCUUGAUUGAGAGGGGUGCUCUGUUCGCCAGCAGGCCAAGGGAAAACCCAACUCGCAACAUCUUCAGCUGUAAUAAAUUUACGGUAAAUGCUGCAGUUCACGGCCCUGUCUGGAGAUCCCUGAGGCGUAAUAUGGUGCAGAACAUGUUAAGUUCCACCAGGCUUAAGGAAUUCCGAAGUGCAAGAGAGAAGGCUAUGGAUAAACUCGUCAGCCGUCUUCGCGCUGAAGCAGAGGCUAACAACGGUGUUGUUUGGGUGCUGAAAAAUGCCCGAUUCGCGGUGUUCUGUAUACUUUUAGCUAUGUGUUUUGGGAUUGAAAUGGAUGAAGAAACGGUGGACAAAAUGGAUCAGAUGAUGAAAGCUGUUCUGAUUGUUCUGGAUCCAAGAAUUGACGAUUAUCUUCCGAUUCUGAGUCCUUUUUUUUCCAAGCAACGAAACAAAGCAUUGGAAGUUCGUAAGAAACAAGUGGAUUACGUCGUUCAAUUCAUUGAAAAACGCCGUAAAAUGCUCCAGAAUCCUGGGUCAGACAAAUCAGCGAUGUCGUUUUCCUACCUCGAUACUCUUUUCGAUCUAAAAGUGGAAGGGAGGAAAUCGGGACCGUCGAAUGCAGAGCUCGUGACACUCUGUUCUGAGUUUCUUAACGGUGGGACCGAUACCACCGGAACGGCCAUAGAGUGGGGCAUAGCGCAGUUGAUCGCGAACCCAGAUGUGCAAUCCAAGCUCUACGAGGAGAUUAAAUCAACAGUGGGUGAUCGGAAGGUGGAGGAACAGGACGUCGAAAAAAUGGCGUAUCUCCGAGCGGUGGGAAAAGAACUUCUCCGGAAGCAUCCACCGACAUAUUUUUCACUCACCCAUGCGGUGACAGAGCCGACGACACUGGCGGGGUACCACAUUCCGACAGAUGUAAACGUCGAGAUUUACUUACCGGCAAUCAGUGAGGAUCCGAAAUUGUGGACCAACCCAGAAAAAUUCGAUCCGGAUCGGUUCGCUUCAGGACAGGAAGAUGCGGAUAUGACGGGGGUUAAAGGGGUAAAGAUGAUGCCUUUCGGAGUGGGGCGGAGGAUUUGCCCCGGACUGGGGAUGGCGACGGUGCAUGUUCACUUGAUGCUGGCGAGAAUGGUGCAGGAAUUUGAAUGGAGUGCUUAUCCGCCAAACAGCCCCUUGGAUUUUACCGGGAAAUUAGAGUUUACUGUGGUGAUGAAGAAUCCUCUUAGGGCACUGGUUAAACCCAGGGUUUAAAUAGUCGGGUCAUUACUGGAAUUUGCUUUUUUCUUUUUUCUUUUUUCUUUUUUUUAAUUUCUUUGGUUCGGUGCUUUUUAUUAAAAAAAAGAAAAAAUAAGAAUCAAAAUCUCUAGACCGUAAUGAAGGUCAAGUAAAGAAAUGACAAGUGUUAUU